GUUAACAAAAGAAGAUCGUCAUCAGACACAAUACUAAAAGAAUUUCUUCACUAACUUUGGCGUACUACACAUCAGUGACUCUUAAAUAUUCUGUCUAACUUUGGUAUAUCAAGCAAUUUAGUACGAGAACGAACAAAGAGGCUAUGCUAACUACAAGAUAAGAUCUCAGGAGUGUAAUUAGCAGAAAGUUAAGCUCUCAGCAUGGCGGAAAAACACGAUGACCAUAGCGGGCAGGUGAAAAUUCAUGAGAACGUAAACAGCGAUUCUCCAUCAGCUUCGAGCCCCACACAAACCAGCACGGACAUAAGUGAGGACAGCAACCAAAAUACAGACCUUGAUAUGAAAAGGGCUCUUUUAUCGAGGGCAUCAACGCUAGAAUCGAUCAAAGAAGAAGAUAGUGAGCUAGAAGAGAGGUUACUGUUGGAGAGCUUUAAGAGCAUUACUGAUAUUUUCGAGAAUGGAGGUGAAGAAGAACAGGUGCCAAUCGAAAAGUCUUCCCCUGCAGAAACGCCGCUAACCUCAAAGAGUGUAAGUUUGAGUAUUUCGGAAGAUACGGAUAGCUUGGAUGAAGAGGUGCGACAAAUAAUGUUGAAAAGCGAAGAUAAACAGCGGCAAAGCCACGAGGCAACGAACCAAGUUGCCAUUAACAGUUUGCGGGAUAAUGUCGCGGCUAAUAACGCAACAAACUUUACAAAAGAUGUGAAAGAAAACGAUAAAGAAAAAGUAAAGGAAGUAGAAGAAGAAAUAGAAGAAGUACCGGAAGAAGAUUAUAGUGAUGCAGACGAAGAAUCGGAGCCAGAGUCGUCGGUCGCGACGGAUACCGAAUCCUUAUCGGAAUCCGAGCCGGAUUCGGAAUUAGAAUCACUGGACGACGACGACGUAAAAACUGGACAUUGGUCUCCCCGCGAUGAUGGAAGCUCCGAUGAUGAUGACUUUGAUCUAGAAGAGCACAUAAAUAAGCUGUGCAGCCAUACAAUCGAUUCUGGUUCGUCUUCCGAAUCAGAAUCGGAGGGUUCGGAUUCCGAAGCUGAGAAGCAAAAAGCCGUUAAUAAAGUUAUGCGAAAGUAUGCGAAAAAACAUUCACAAGACGACGAGGCGGAAUCUGAAGACGAUAGUGACAACAGCGAUGUUGAAGAAACAGAUUUAGAAGACGAAGGUUCAGACGAUGGGAUUGAAGAGGUUGAAGUGAAAGACGACGAUGACAGUGAUUAUUCUUCCACAGAUGAUGAUGACACUGAUAGCGAUUUCCUAGACGAAGAAUCAGCUUCAGUUUCAACCGCGUCAUCAGGAGAUUACGAGAUAGAAGAGGGCGAUGACGAUAAGGAACCAGCACAAGGCGUCAACGAAGAAAUCCCUUACUUAUCUGACACAACUAUGCCUUCACAUGAAGUAGUCUACGAUUAUUACCUAGGUACUAGACCUGAAAGUUGUCCAGAAAAAAUCGAAGUCCAAGAUGGGGAUUUAAACAACAACAUCGCACUUGACAACACAUUGGCAACCCGUAGCGUCAUCAAUCUUCGAUGGCCUUUCACUAGUUAUUAUGUUAAGGAGUUCGACCUUGAUAGUGAAGUUCCCACUUACGAGGAAGAUGGCCUGCUACCUUGUUAUAAGUCUAUGAAGUCUUCGGCAUCGUUUCCAGGGCGACGAAGAGAUGUAAUGCUUGGUAGAGUGUGGUGGGUUGAAUGGUGGGCAAAGGAUACCGUUAAAGACGACGACAAAGAAGAAGAAAGAAGAGACGGCGGUGGUAGCAAUAAUAAAGCAGUCGAUAAGGAAGAUAACUUUGAAGAAAUUCCUGGAGAAAUGGGACAUUUUGAGAAAGAAAAGACUGAUUCUCAUUUGUAAAGACUUCUGAAGACUUGCAUGAACUGAAGCACAAGGGAGGAGUGGGUAGGGGACAACUUGGUAAAUAUUGAACAUUAUUGGGACACUCAGGGGGGUAGGGUGGGGGAAGUUAAUGCAAGAUCUCAUUCUCUACCUCGAUAAUUUUCUAACCCCUGGAACGUAGAAGGCAACUUUCUUUAACUUUUUGGAUUUCCAGGCCAUCGAAUGAAAAGAAAAAAAAUCAAUAACCUUGCCGAAUACGUGCUUUAAAACAAUGACACCAUAAUUAAUGAUUUUGAUAUUUUUAUUUCAAUAGAGGGCAAGUUGUUUUUUUAUUUUUCUGUGGUCAAUUUUUGCUGGCUUCAUGACCUCAGUUUUGCAGUGACGUCAUUUAGACAUCACUAUUUCAGACCAUCUGGCGGACUUCAUAUAUAUAAAACAUGUAUAACAUGUGACUUCAUAAUAUGUGUCAUCAUCUAUUAUUAGUCAUUACUAGGCUUGAUCGAAUUGAAUUUUACCGAUCGUCGAGAAAAUUAAAACGUACUUAAGGCGCUUAACUCCUUCUAUUUAUAAACACAUACCACGCAUAAUUUUUAAUAUUUAAGGAUACCAAUGGGGGUGUACUCAAUUGUUGGUUAGCUACUAAUUUUUCCACUGAAUGUCAUUUAACUGUAAUAAUUUUACGAGCGUUGGCCAUAAUAUUAACCACAAUAAUGAAAUAUCGAUCAGUUAAACUACUAAUGUUAGGUUAUUUGUCAGUUAACUUCUGUUUUCUUUUUGGUCAAAUGUCAGUUACCUAGUUACCCCAUUCGGUGGCACCCUCAUAAUUGCUCGCUAUAUUUAAUUCCACAUUAUUCUCUCAAGAAUAAUGAAUACAUUAAAUAAUUAAACAAACCACAAAAGUUAGGCGAGAAAGCUCGUACAAUAUCUUAAUAUACUAUAUGUCAAAUUGAGCAAUAUACUAUGCUGUAAACCAGCGCCAAUUAAUAUUUUUUCAAUGCUUUUUUCAGUAUUUGUAAAGAUGCAUUGCUGGCACCAAAUGAUAAGCCAGUUUAUAGUCGUUUUCAGUGCGCAUGCGAUUUUAUCUCGAAUUUCUUACCUUAUUUUGUUUGAAUUAAGAACGAAAGAAGGUUUAUCUACAAAAUAAAAAAAUUGAAGAAAAUA